AUAUCUUCAUUGUUUGCUCAUUCGCAAUAAAUGGAAGUUUAAAUUGGUCUGUACAAACGGUUUUGAUUAAUCAAUAAAAACGAGUUACUUGAAUGAUCAUUCAUCAAUCGUCUCAACUCAUCAUUCCACGAACAUCCGCGAGAGAUCUAUAUUGACUCAACAAACAUGGAGGCCUGGAAGGCGAACGCUGAAAAAGAAGAGGAAAGUUUUUUAAAGAUCCUCCACAGUCGCAUGGAGACCUCAUCUGCUCAUGGUUUACCCAACAUCCAUCGUUCAUCGAAACCCAUCACUAAGCUGUUCUGGUUGCUCCUCUUUCUUACCGGUAUUGGUGUGAUCAUAUGGCAAGUCAUCGCUCUCUUUAAGACCUACUUCGCUUAUGAAUACACGGUUAGUCUGGAGAUCAAGUUCAACCGCUCCCAAGAGUUUCCUGCCAUCACCAUUUGCAACAUGAACCCAGUGAUGAAAUCUAAACUCGAGAAGGCGGAUGACUCUUUCAGGGAGCUCUUCGACACCAACUUCCAGCCACCUGGUCCCAUGGAUAUGGUUGACCAGGUAGUCCAGGGAGUCGGUCAAGUUGGAGGAGUUUUCUCUAGUGGGGUGGGGAGUUUCAUGGGGUCUGGGGGUAAUAGUGGUGGUGGUGUUGAAGCGAAUAAUGCAAAGACUACUCAACGACCAGGAUCAUCCACGGCUGGUGGACGGCGUGCUACAGACGGAAAUGUCGAAGUUGCGGGUUCCGUUGAGCCACCUAAUGGUCCCAGUGGGCCACUCUCUAGUCAGGGUCAGUCUGAUGCCUCUGCAACAACACUUGCUACUUCCUCUGCCUCUUCAGAUACGUCUACUAGCUCUAUGUUCACGGCACCAGGCGUCGGGUCAACCACCGAAUCUACGGGAAAUACAACAGAGGCUGUCGAAACUUGGCAAGACCGUCAAAAGGGCGACUUCUUUCGUAAGCAGUCUAAUGACUACCUCAAACAACAGCGUCUGAUGGUCAAACUGGCCAAUAAGACGAUAGAGGAGCGGAAAUCAUUGGGCCAUUCUCUGGAUGACAUGCUGCUGGAUUGCUCCUGGAGAGGUUUCCCGUGUUCCCCGGCGAAUUUCACCAACAUAUUUGAUCCUCAGUUCGGAAACUGUUACAUUUUCAAUUCCGGACUAGACGGGGACACAUUGACCACCAAUAGACCAGGUCCUAACUACGGUCUUUCCAUGGAGCUCUUUGUCCAACAAGACGAAUACAUGGAAGACCAGACCGAGGUGGCUGGAUUCCGAGUGAUCAUCCAUCAUCCAUCUAACAUGCCUUUCCCUUCAGAUGAUGGUAUAUUUGUGUCUCCUGGUAUGGUCACUGCCAUUGGAGUCCGUGUGGUUGAGAUCGAGAGGUUACCCGAACCAUACGGAUUAUGCAAGGAGGAUACCAAAGAAAAUAUUGAAGAUAAUAUCUACUACCAAAACUACAACAUGAGCUACAGUAUACAGACAUGUGAGCAGAGUUGUUACCAACGUGCUAUGAUAAGAAUAUGUGGAUGCAGUGACCCCUCUUACCCAAGCCCACUCUACCAUAACGAAACAUUCUACCCUUGUGAUAUUGAUAAUGAUAAAGAAACUUCCUGCCUUCACGAAACCGGGCACAGGUAUGAAAACGGCAGCCUGGGAUGUGUGUGCCAGACCGCUUGCCAUGAUUUCAGCUACUUGCCAACAAUAAGUUCAGCCACCUGGCCCUCUGACAAUUACGAGAAGAAACUUUUUGAAAAGAUGAUAAGAUCUAAUGAGGAGAUGAAGAGACAGAUCAGAGGUCAAAGCCCAUCUGUCUGGACAAGGAGUAACAUGGCUAAAUUGGAGAUCUACUUUGACGAGUUCAACUACGAAUAUAUUCGACAAGACCCGGCAUAUACGAUCCCUGAUCUCCUCAGUGACAUGGGAGGUCAACUAGGACUCUGGCUCGGUCUUUCGGUCAUCACCAUAUUCGAAAUCUUCGAAGGUGUUUGGGUCAUGAUCUCCUUCUUCUGUUCUCGAAAUCGCAGUAGGACCCGUCCAAUGCAAACCAUUCCGACAUCGACGUUCAAAGCGAGAGCUGAGAAGUCACCUCCGCCAGCCUACGAUGCAGCCUACGAUGCACAUUUCGCUGAAAAGAAGUAGAGUGUUAUAAUGGUGUUAGUUUCACACAGGGUGUUAUAUGGCUGACGUAGGACUACGUCACCGACUGGCGCUAUAUAUUAUGUUUGACGCACCAUGCGAUCUUGACCUGAGCCUUCUUCAUAUUGUAACUGUGAAAUGAACGGUGUAAAAAUGCAUUGAAUUACUGUUCUCGAAAGUGAUAUGUUCGAGAUUUUAAUAAUUAUGUACAGCGCCAUGAGCGUCAGAGCCUGGCGGAGACCGGCACUAUAUAAAUAUCCAUAUUAUUAUCAUUAUUACAAUUCCCUUCAAAAACUAACAACGUAUUCGAAAUGACGCAACGUGUGCAACGGGUAUCAGGAAACCUACGCGAACGAUGUAUUUUAAAAAGAUAGAGACAUUAUAUAUAUAUAUAUAUAUAUAGUAAAACUAAAUUUUGAAAUGGGUUUAUUAUUUUUCGAAAACACCAUCAAAGCAGUCUGAUACGGGUCAAAUUUGAGACAAUGUCUAUUUUAAAUGAACAUUGGAUUUAAUUUCAAUCUUGAAAUCUAGACUUGAAAAUACUUUUACGUUAUAUCUCUAUUUGAUUUUUUUUUAGAGGGAUCAAAAGCAUAAAAGAGACAUUUGUGAUAUUGAAAUUAUAUUGCUUAAAAUAACCUUAAAUGAACACUUUCUUAUGUUUAGGAUAAUCGGUCGCGUGAGCAAUUCAGUGGUACUAUAAAAGUAUCAUCCAGAUUUUUGGUUUUAAUAUAAAAUUGUUCAUUCAAUUGAAAAGAAAAUGAACGCAGUGAGAAUUCCUUGACACUUUGGCAAAGUUACUGUUGUAAAAUAUGUUCAUAUUGUAAAUAAUGAGUUUGUGUAUAAAAUAUGAUCUUGUGUAAAUAACUGUUUUAGGAACCCGAUUGAACUAAGCCUGUUAGGGUAUUCACCGCUGUGCAAAUAAUUUGUGUGUGUGUGUUACAUGGAGAAAUUCUUGUAUUUUCAUAUAGAAAAUGAAUAUUCUGUACAGAAAAUUGUGAGAUUAAAGGUAUAGACCAGUUUUGGAAACGCCCCCUCUCAAAAAAUGAAAUGGAAACUCUUAUUACCAAUCAUGUAAAAUUAUAUG